UGUCAUAUGAUCAAAGGUGUACACGGGUUUCUCUUCUUGGGUUAGGGGGAAGAAGUACUUAGUACUCCGAUUGUCAAUUCGCGAGUUCCUGGUGAAUAUAUAAAAAAAAAUAGGAACAACAAUGUUACGUUCAAUUUUAUGGGCAACGUUAACAGUGGCCACUGUUUUUGCGGCAGAAUUCACUGUUCUGUAUAGUCCUGAUAAUGUCGUGUUCACGGGUGAGGAACCCAUCAACCAGAGCCUUUUGAGAGACGUUUUCACGUCUGUUCUCGGUUUCACCAUCACACCCUCGAGACCUUGGUCUGGUCUCCUAAUCGAGCCUCCCUUCAAUCUUCCUGAAGCUGUUGUUGUCAUUGUCGUUGAAGGCAUCCAAGAGCUUGAUUCCCAAAUAGGCAAAGUUUUCAAACUCAACGACGAUGAGAUCGAAGAAAUCACUUGGCAAGGCGUCAGUGGAACUGUUGAAGAUCGUAGCAAGGAUAAUAAGCUAGUGAGAAUUCGGAUGGCAGGUGGACUUGACGCGUUCGGUGAAUCAGCUCUGGGUACAUUGAAGCCCACACCAAUUGAUGAAGGCAGCCUCAGCGCAUUGAGUUUGAAGAAUGACGAGGACCGCAAGAUACUCGAGGAAAUAAAGCUUCUUGAUGCCAUUGCCAAGAAUGUUCCUUCAGAUGUUUCUGCCAAUGGAAAAUCUGAUGUCUAUUGGCUCGUUGUUUCUGGUAUGCAACCACUGAUCGAAUCAUACGGCAAGGACUCUGCAGCUGUGAAAGAAGCUCUCAUAGUUCUCAACCAGGCUAUCAGCAAUGUUACCGAAGCCUUUAGAAAAGGUUACAAAAACAAGACGGUCAUCGCGGCUUUCACCAAUGAUGUGAGCAAAGUGCGUAACACUCGAGCGGCCGAGCUUUCCCGACAGAGGAGGGAAGACGCAAAAGUGGACGAUAACGAUAAAAAUAUAAAAGCAACAGAGAAUACAUCAUCGACACCUGUCAUUGACAGCAUUAAGAAUGAUGAAGAAGAAAUUGAGAAAAAUGAGGAUGAAGAAGCGAAGACGAGGACGAUCGACGAGGGUAGUAGUUUAAAAAAAUCGGACGAGAGCCCGUCGGUAACCGAGAACUACGAGCAGGAGAGAAGUGAAAAUACAGGCAACGAGGCUAACGAGGCUAGGGAAAGUAGUACCGUUAAAUCCAGUCUCGAACUGGAAAAUUCGACACGUAACAAUGAACAAUCUAAUACAGAGAACACAAACAGACCAUUUAAGAUGGAGGACUUUAAUUUGGGCAAGAAGUACAGCGAAUAUUAUCCGGCUAUCUUCAAUAUCUUUUUGUGGUUCGGCGUCAUAUUCUUUUUCUCGCUAUUGGCAAUUUGCAUUACGAUUGCUGACAUGGAUCCUGGCCGUGAUUCCAUCAUCUACAGGAUGACAUCGACUCGCAUGAAGAAAGACAACUAAACAACGAAUAACGGAUUUUCAACUCGUCGAUCAUUCCGAGUUGUUUAUUUUGGCUCUUUUUUUUUAAUUAUUCCAAUCCGUUGGUCGCGGAACUUACGCGAGGCUGUCUUCGUUUUUGUUUAUCUUUUCGUCUCGUCUCUUGAACGUGCGACGAAAGAGUUUGCGAACAGCAAAAUGCACAACUUCAAUAACGUACUCGCAUUUUUCUGUGUACAUUUUUAUUAUUAAUUAAGUCAAUGAAUAUCGAUCGCCUAAAUUCAGAAAGGAUUUGGAAGGGUCAUUGGCGCCACGCGCUGAGCAUUCGAAUAGGCAUAUUUAGAGCAAAAGAGUUAUUGAAAAAUUCUGGAACCGAUUUUUAAAAAAUGUUGUCACGGAGACAAUCGGUCACUGAAUAUUUCAUGAUUUUCUCAGUUUUGCGAGUGUUCAUCCAAAUCUUGCCUAUUUGAAGUGCAUCCAGUGUGCGGCAUUCAAAUAAAAAGGAAUCCUGUACAUAAAUACAUAAUAGAGCUACCAAUCGUUGUAUAGAUAAUUUACGUUAAAGAUUGUAAAUCCUAUACUCUAAUAUUCACAUUGUUUAUACCCGAUGUGUCAACACACGGGAGGAUAAUAUAUUAGAAAAUUAAUGAGCCCCUACCGGAGCUUUAUAGCAUGAGCGCGUGUAUUAAUUGGUGUGAAUGCUGAAAAUCCAGAAAACUCCUUAAAGAGACGUCUGAAUACGUCUCGGAGGUUAAAUAUUCGAACAAAUAAUGUUGAAGUCAGUUACAUUCGAUAAAAUGGUGCAACUGUGAGGUCAAUAAUGACUGCAAAAUUACUUUUCGUGCCCCAAUUAUUAUCUUGUAAGAUCGUAUAACAUUAUUGAUUCUUCGGCACUUCGAAUGUGUUCCAUACAUAUAAGGAAUAAUACAAAACAGCAACAAAAAUGUACAUCAAUCGGAGUGGGUGGAUAAAAAUACAGAUUACGAUACGAUCGAACGGAA